CGAGGUGGUCCACAUAUAUUUGAGAUUGGUUGUUGGGAUCGAAUGACGUACUAUUUCUCAUGUGACCUGAUCCGCGUGAUUUUAGGGGAAAGUUUUGUUUAUGCUAUCUAAUAAUUAGGGAACAUGUCCGAAACUGACGAAAGGGUGCCUUUGGCACCCCCACCGCCUUACCCCGGACACGAGAAAAAGAGAUCACCACCUAAAUGUCUCAACAUUUGUCACUUCAUCAUUGGAGUGCUGUGCCUUUUGCUUGGGGCAGCAUUCAUCAUCCAGCUACCCGAGUACUUCAAAGCGGACGGCUAUGUGACAAGUAAGAACUGUGUUAACUCCACUGUAACGUGGAACCAGAGGACUGGGGCCGGAGUCUGGAGUGGGUUUGUGUUCAUAAUUUGUGGCAUACUUGGAUUAGUUGCUGGAACUAAUUCGUGCUGUUUGGUGGUUGUACACGUAAUGUCAUCUGGUACUGUUUUUGUCACGGCAUUGGUUCUGUUGUCGCUCUCAAUGCUUGAUUUGACAUCUGUCAGCUGCAAUGUUUAUACCAAUCCUACUGUACAAAAAUGGAUCGUUUUAUUAGCCAUGUGUGGCAUAAUGGUGUUCUUGGCUGCGUUAGAGAUGCUGCUCACCAUUGCGUCUUCGUUGUUGAGUUUGCAUGUCGCCUGCAGCCGCACCACAACGAGAUUGGUGGAGACCCAGCCAAACGCCACAGACGACGCAGGGUCGUCGUAGACUACACCAAGGCCAUUUUGUGGCGGACAAUUCAAUUUUAUCAGGAUAUAUUUAAGAAAACACGUACAUGUCCUACAACAAAACUGAACCACAUUGAACAGGUU